AUGAACCAAAGCCGAGAGAGACGGGUGAAGGCGGUACAGCUCCUCAUAAUGGUGCUGGUCAUCUUCACAGUCUGUUUCACUCCCAUUCAUGUUAGUCAAGUGGUUUUCUGUGUCCGCAGUGAGGUGUCUCGGGAUAUCAUCCUCAUUGUGUACCAUGUCACAGUAACUUUGAGUAGUUUUAAUAGUUGUAUGGAUCCCAUUGUCUAUUGUUUUGUUACUAGCCAUUUCCAAUCCGCUAGGAUAAGUAUUUUCAGAGAACAACCGUCACCAAUUCCUUUUUAACAGUCCCUGCCCGUGCCGCAGGCAGCUCGCCCUGGAGGCUAGGAAAAUACAGGAGUAA